UCGACCCUGAAAUUUAUUUUGUUUUGAGUUCAAUCUCGAAUCUCAAUUUGAGUUAUCUUUGAAUUGAAAACAGAAACUUAAAAUCUCAAAUUUGUGGCUUUAAUAAUAUUGAUUGCUAAUUAUUACGCGUAGAAAAGUGUUGGAUGACGGUUGACGUUGUAACUUAUAAUUUUGCAAAUACUAUUCCAUUUGCGAUACAUUUGGCCCCGGAUAAGAUGUAGAAGUGCCAUUCAAAUUUGAUCAAUCUGUAGCUGUACUCGAACUACGAAUGAUAAUAUUUUCAAUUACCUGAUUAUGUUCAAAUUUGUACGAUGUCUUGUGAGCUAAGAACAUUUGCCAGGAUUUUGGAAUUGGAUAAAAUAAAAAAGUUUCUGUUUGGCGAUGUCGUCGAAACGAAUUGGUUACCAAAAUGUGCGAUAUCAUACUCACCUGCUAAGGAUAUACUGGUUAUUGCCUACUGUAAUAAAAUGGUCGUAAUGGAAUCGAAAUGGAAUUCUAAUGAUGAAGAAGUCAAAAUGACCUAUCAUAUUGUUUGGCAGGGUAUACCAGAUAAAUGUGAUAAGGAACUGAUUACAUCAGUGUUAUGUUUACCCAUUUCAACGGCGAAGAAAAGAAGCAGAACGCAGACCACACCAGACUGGACUUGUAUUGUUGUUGGUUUCACGUCAGGAUACGUUCGAUUUUAUACUGAAAUGGGAUCAUUGCUUCUUUCUCAACAGUUCCAUGAUGAGGGUGUUCUAAGUAUUACAAUACAAAGUUCCACUUUAUCACAGUAUUAUAGCAAAGCGGAAAAAAACGAAGAUCUCCAUAUUUUAUAUAAAACGGUUAUAUGUUCCAUAAUUGGGUUUGUAGUAUUGAAUACGUUGAAUGCGUGCAGAAAUCAUCUCGCUCGAGUACAUUCAAACACUGCUAGUAACGCAAUAGCUCCCACCCUCACAUACAGAAAAUGGGCUUUUUCGAGUCAAGAAAACAUUCAAGCUUGUGCAGUGGCUGGUCCAGUACCUACAAAUAUGUUCGACCAUUUGUUUACUGCUUCUUUAGUUGGAGGCUUCAAUGCAAAGUAUCAAAAUAAUCCGCCACAUUGCCAUCUGUUUGCGGCUGUUGGCAGUAAACCAUUUAUUGGAUUUCAUUAUGCUUUUGAAAAUGAUUCACAACCCAUUUUAUCAGAACUUACAAAAGCUGUAGCCACUAAAUUAAAAUCUGCCAUUGAGCAGUCUGUUCCUAAUUGGUUAUUGGGAAUUCGACCAAAUCCUAAAGUACCUGAAGUUCGAAUGGAACCAGCUGAAGAAAUGGGAUGCAGAUUUGGCUUGGCUGACGAAGGACGUCAAGGUACAUCGAUAGUUAUGUCCCCAUUGGGCGAUAUUGCUGCAGUUACUGAUAACUAUGGACGUAUUUGUAUCGUCGACUUGAACUAUGGAAUAAUCAUCAGAAUGCUGAAAGGUUUUCGAGACGCUCAUUGUGGCUGGUUACUUGUAAAAGAAGACGUAGAUAAGAAAAGACAGCCUAGAAGAAGAGUACAACUAUUAGUUAUUAACAUUCCAAAAAAAGGCAUCGUUGAAAUAUGGACAAUGCAAUUCGGUCCCAAAGUCGUAUCAUUCAACGUAAAUAAAGAUAGUAGAGUGCUUAACGCGAAUUAUGGAAUUAUUGGGCUAUACGAUGGGAAAAAUGCUCACAAUACUUGCGUGCUUAUAGAACCUAAUGGCGAAAUGAAAGAAAUCGUGAUUCCGUUCUAUUGUUGUUUGAAUAGUAGGAAUAACGAUAAAAUAAGGGAUAUUCACAUGUUGAAGAACAUAACGAGAAUUCUCAAAGAUGAAAACGAACAACGUGAUAAAUUAAUUCAGGAAUCCAUUAAUUUGGCUCAAAACUUGAGAACAGCCGACGUCAUAAAGCAAGCUGUCGAUUCCUUAUCUUCUAAUAAAUACAUGUUUUCCGACGUACUGCUCGCUUUUUUGCAGUCUUUAAAAGAUAGACUUUCAGUCGAAACCGAUUUAUUAGAACGCGAUGAUCACUUCUACAUAAAUUUAGAAAGUUUAGAACAUCUGUCGAAAUUAUACCAGUUUGUAAAUAAUAUGUAUCAGUUACCGCCGGAUUAUUCUACCGUUGUAGAUGAUUCAGAAAAUUUGAUUCAGGAAGCCUGUGAUAUUUUACAUUUGAAAGAAGACGAAUUAGAUAAAUUAAUGGCAUUGUUACCCACUUCACGUAAUAAACAAAAACGUGUUACGUUUUCCGAAGAAAGUGCUUCCAAAACUAGAGAAUUCUCUAUGUUUUUAUCGUCUUUUGACAAAACUUCCAAUCUAAAACUGAAUCCUAAUCUUUCCAAUAAAGUUUUGGAUAAAAUAAGUGAUCUGAUGUGUAGCGGCGUCAUGUACGGUAAAUGUGACUUGGACGAAUGGCGAGAAGAAUGCGAACAUUGUAAAUUCCCUCAACACGAUUUAUUAUUCUUGAUAUUCCGUUAUUGGUUGAGUAAACCUCUCAGUUUAACUAUGGUCAGGGAAAUGUUGAAUUUAUACAGAAUCGUUAACGCUGUUCUUCAGAUUUACAAAGCAGAUGAUAUCAAAACUGACUGGCGCCGAAUUCGAUCUCAGUUAGCAAACAGCGAAUGUCCUUUAACUGCAAUUACAGCUGCUAUUGUUUGCCGAGCCAUUGCUUCGAAUAUUCAAAAUAGUCAGAUGAAAAAAGAUAAUGAAAACGAAACCGAAUUCACCUCUCAUGCAGAUUGGGAAAAUGUUACCCAAGAAGAUUGCGACUGGAAUUUAUUGAUUGGUCAGCUAGAAGACAUCACUUUCUUGGAUUCAGUUUUAAAACAACAACCUUCAAGACUACCUGCUACUUUAUUUUGUGUCCCGUACGAACCUCCGAAUGUUGUUUUAUCAUCAAUUUUGAAACAAGGCAAAGGUUCGAUAUCGGAAUUGGUCGCUAAAUGGAUCGUUAGCAUGGGAUUGAAUCCCGAAUUACUAUUUUUAAACGACGUCAGUGUGCUGAUCAAUGAUAAAUCAUCGCCGAAGAAAUCUCUCCUCGGAAUACAAGAAGGGAUCGCCUUGACCAUCGAUCCUAGCGUCGAGGCUAGACCUUUAAAAUCAAAUGAAAAAGAAAUACUCGACUUGUUGGAGAAAUUGGUCGCAAUUUUCCCGUAUAGCUUAAACGCCAAUUCAUUAUUAGCCAAUAUGACUUGGGAAUAUGUUCUCACUUGGAAAAAAUGCAUCAACGAUCUGAGGCCUUUGGAGGCAGCGAUUGCUACUUUACAAAUGAUUCGUUGCCCGCAUAUCAAACACGGAUGUUGUUUCUUAAUAUGGACCACUCACUUGUCGCUGAUUUGCGAAUCAGCCGUCCGAUUAAUUAAUAAAGUUGGUAAAUUGCCGAAAGAUCGAUUGUGUAAGCAAGAAGUUGGAAUAGCUGAAGAAAAUCUCACUGCGUUUUUAAACCUAUGGGUGAAAUUUAUCGAUACUUUUAUCGAGGCUAUUUUCGAUAUGGAAGUGGUUUCGAAACCUAUUCUGAAGUACGAACCUUUGUGGGAAGGUAAUGCUUUCUCGCCAAGAAGUACAACUCCACCUUUGAUCGAAUUAGCUACUAAACAAAAACCAGCCAAUGCAGAUUUACUCUAUUUGCUGUCUCAGUGCGCCAGAACUCUGUAUUUUCUAACAUCAUUCCCUUUGAGAAUUACUCAUCCGAUUGAUUCUUUGUUUCCGUCUUCGAGCGCUGAAAUGCUUUUUACCAACGUUCAGUCAGAAGAAGGAUAUUAUCACCCGAAUCCGGAUGAAAAAAUCAUUGUUAAUCGAUGCAGCUAUUUAAAGAAAUUAAUAACCAAUGUUAUCAAUGAAAUACUCAAACCUUACGUAGAACCUACAACCGUUCAGGUGUUAGAAUCCGCUGAUAAAUUGAAACCAUCCGUCGAUUGGAUUAGUAAAGUGUUUACAUUAGCUCACGAUUGGUCUGUUCCAGUAGACCCGUUGAAGAGACACCAGAUAUGCGAACUGUACACUUACGGUUACGAUAGGUUGGCCGAGGAGAUAAUACCGUCCGUUAAUGAGAAAGAACAGUUAGGUCAUCAUUUGCUAAUAAUUCUCGGACACAGAAUCAAAGCUAUGCUAGAUGAAAAUGUUAGUUAUUAUUCCGAAUUCACUCCGGUAGUUACGACGUGGAUAGAAUCUUUAGAUACCAGAAACUCUGUUGUACCAGUUGAUAUUAAUGACUCGCUGCAAUUAGCCUUAACCGUACAUAGCCUCAUAUCUGAAAGUGGUAAAGAUGGAAAUUUAAUAGGUCAUUUACUCGAUUCUUUGGAUUCAAUCAAUUCACGAUCCAGUCUACGCUGAUUUUGAGUAUUAUUUUUUCGGCGUGUAUAGAUUAUAUAUAUGCAGUAUUGUUACGUAUGACAAUAAAUUCCAUAACCAAAUGUUUAAUUUAUUUUUAUAUUAGAUUGAUGUUGUUGGUGUUACGUAGAAUUAUUUCAUUUUGUGAAACAUUUAUAAUCGUUAAUCAUUUUAGAUGUUUUGAAUACCUACCUAUUCGAUUUGAGUUACAUAUAUUGAUGUUGUUAGUUUUAUCAUUAUAAAAAAUGUUCUAUCGAUCGAGUAACUUUUAAAACUAAUUUCAUAAGCGAAUAUUACCUUUUUAGCAUAGCAUCAUCGUAGUGAUAUAAGUAUACUACAUCAUUUAAUUGACAUCGUUUUAUAAUAUACAUAUGUAACUUAAGUAGUGCAGAUGGCUGUCGUGAGACAUUAAACCGUAUACCACUUUAUCCGAUGUUAGCAAGUAAAAUUCCGUUUCUGCGUAUUUAUCUUCAGUAUACUGAUUGGUUACCUUUAAUUGAAAUAAUAAUAAGUUUAGUUUGUUAUUUUAUUUCAAAAAACUGUAUUUAUCGAAGAGCUCAGGUUUUGCAUGAGAUCUAUGAAAUCAUUUUUAAAUUGAAAUAUUUGUAUUCUUGGUUCUCCUUUUUACUAACAGCCUUAUUGUCAAUUAGAAUUUAGAAUUAUUUUCGUUGUUACGUACGUAUACACAUAUAUGUUUACCAUAUUAGAUGGAAUUUUUAAACGUGAUUAUAUUAAUCAUGAAUAAAAAUUUUUAGAAAUGGUUUA